GUUUUCUAGAGAAAAAAGGUCGUCUCAAUGUAUUUAGAUUUCAAGAGUUUGCUUACACGUUUUCUACAACAACUUCAUAUUUAGUUCUAUUAACUAAGUAAGACAGUUUAAUCAAGAUUAAAUCAGAUCGUUCCGUCUCUCCUGUCUUACCCAGCGUCGGCUGGUUGUUCUGAAAUGUGUUCAGGUUACAGGUUACUGAUAUUGAACACCAGGUCUAUAAUGGAAGCCUUUUGACAUCCUGGAAUUGGUCUGAAGUUAACAGCAAGAUGGUAAAAUAAGGAUCUCCGGAUGACGUUCCUUUAAUUUAAUUUAAUAAGUUACAUGGGUUCAUCAUCCGUUCGACCAAAAUUACGUUAGUCUCACAAGCGGGAACAUUUUAGAUGGCAAAAGAAACAUGCUGUGAUGUCAAUAUCACCGUUUCCUGAGAUUUCUAGAUAGUAAAACCACCUUGUGUGAGGAUUAUUACCAAGAGUGUCUUCUUCAUUUUUACUACAUUAGUUUUAACUUACAAACAAUGAAGUUGCUAGAGGCUAUUAGUCGAUCAUGGAAUAUCUUGGAUUUUUUAUUCUUUUAGUAAUGGUUUUACCAAGUAGAUGUUUAACUUGCUGGAAAUGUAUAGGCGAAUGGUGUUCUGAACUGGAUAUCAAUGAUUAUAGAAUUAGUAAAAUAUCUUGUCCACAAAAUUCCUCUUGUAUGAAAGUGUAUUAUAAGAUGCAUGAUAAUUCUUCUUCUCUAAUAGAAAGUGUGACACGAGGCUGUUCUCUAGGGAAGUGUGAAGAUACAAGUGACAAGCAAUAUAACUACUGUCUAUCACAACGAAGAAUCUACGGUAUUGAUGGAUGUGCUUUAAAAUCAUGCUGUAAUAAUAAAGAUUUAUGUAAUAGUGCAACAAGUGCUUUUUAUACGACAGUAUUAAAUAUUUAUCUCCUCGUGAUACUGGGAACUGUAGUGUUAUGACACAGAUUGAAGUGUAUUUUACUUAAUAUCGACAAUAAAAACCGAUUAAUGACAUCUACCAUUAUAGAUCGAAAGAUUUAAUAUUCACGAGUCUAACAAUAUAGUGAGAUAGUGAGAUAUAGAAGUAACAUGGCCGUGAACUGGGAUAGUUCGUUUCUAAAAACAAUGAUGAUGAAAUAUUCUGAAAUG